AUGCUGUCUUCAAUGGCUGUUCCCAGUUUUGCUUGGAAGCUGCUCUCCUGUUUAAUGCUCCUAUCACAAGUGAAAGGUGAAGACCUGCAGAAGGUAGAGGUGGCUCCAAGAAUCAGAUGCCCUACCGGCUCAGUGGCCUAUGGUUCCUACUGCUAUGCCUUGUUUUUGUCAAAACUAUCCUGGCCUAAUGCAGAAAUAGCUUGCCAAAAGCAGCCAUUAGGACACCUUGUAUCUGUACUCACUUGGUCUGAAGCAUCCUUCCUGAGCUCCCUGAUAAACAGCACUUUGGACAACUACUAUGAUGUCUGGAUUGGGCUUCAUGACCCCACUGAGGGCCGUGAGGCUAGUGGUGCAGGAUGGGAAUGGAGUAGCACUGAUGCCAUGAACUACCUUGCCUGGGAGCUAAACACCCCUACCAUCUCAGACUCUGGUUUCUGUGGCAGUGUGACCAAAAGCUCAGGUUUUCUGAAAUGGAAAGAUUAUAACUGUGAUUUGAAAUUGCCUUUUGUCUGCAAAUUCAAGGCUUAG